AACAAUUCUAAGUCACUUCAUAGAUAUAUAUUCCCUUCUCUAUAGUCAUAUACUACCAUCUACCUGUUAUAACACCCUUUCUUUUCUUUUAACAACACAAGUUUCUCUUACCUUGUACUACACUACCUUCUCUUCUAUACGGUAUCCGUAUAAUAAGAUUAGAUUCUACUUUGGUUUUUGUCAAGAGCUGUUACAAAUGGAAAGCAUUGGAGUUGAGGAGAAAGGUCUCAAUCUUGAGGCUACUGAACUUAGGUUGGGUUUGCCAGGGAGGGACAAGAUUGAGAAAGAAAUAAUCUCUAGCUUCAACAAAAACAAGCGAGCAGCACCUAAGUCUGCUGAAGAUGAUGGAUCAGAGGCUAAAGCUGAUACCAAACAUCGUGACCAUGAAGCUGCACCUGCUGCCAAGGCACAAGUGAUUGGGUGGCCACCAAUAAGAUCCUACAGGAAGAAUAACUUUGCACCGAAGAAGGCUGAGGCAGAGUAUGGAAAUUAUGUCAAAGUAAGCAUGGACGGAGCACCUUACCUAAGAAAGAUCGAUUUGAAGGUUUAUACUGGCUACAAAGAUCUCCUACAGGCUUUAGAGAACAUGUUCAAACUCUCCAUAGGUGUAUACUCUGAGAGGGAAGGUUACAAAGGAUCGGAACAUGCACCUACCUAUGAAGACAAAGAUGGUGACUGGAUGUUAGUUGGUGAUGUUCCAUGGGACAUGUUUAUGUCGUCCUGCAAGAGACUAAGAAUCAUGAAAGGGUCAGAAGCCAGAGGAUUGGGUUGUGCGGUUUGAAAGACCCUCAAACGAUGACAAACAAAAGCAACUGUGGAGGAGAUCUCUUCUUUGAAGAAAAUUUCCAGCUUGGGUUCUCGAAAGACUUCUGAUUUUUACUACCUUUAUCUGGGUACCAACUGGGGAAUUAGCAAGUGAAAGUUUCUUGUAAAAGUUAUAGUUUCUCUAUGCUGUAUAUGGCGAGAAGAUCACUACUAGUUUUGAGCUUUUAUUUUAAUGUUCUUGUUUGCAAGUUGUAACAUAUAUUAUCAGACCAAUUGGUUAUACAUGUUUGUUUGCUUUAA